CCAGCAGGUCAGGCGCCCCAGGCCGGAUCGCGGCGCCAUUGCGGCGGCCCCUGCGGAGCGAGUGCGGCCGCGCCUCCCGUCGGGGUAGCCCCGAAUGUUACAUGACAUCUCUGUUGCUUGGUGAGUAAUCAGACAUGUAAACGGGACCUCAAGAAUCAAGCUACAUUUAAAGAAGACUUACUUAGAAACACUGGAGAGGACACCAUGGAGUGCAAGACUGAGGGAAAAGAAAAAUACCAACACAGCUUGAAUUUACUGAAUAAAAUUAAGAACAUGAAAGAACUAGCAGAGAUGAUUGAUGUUGUACUCAUCGCAGAAGGGGAGAAAUUCCCUUGCCACAGGCUGGUCCUGGCUGCAUUUAGUCCUUACUUCAAAGCGAUGUUCACCUGUGGACUACUUGAGUGUACUCGGAGGGAAGUCGUACUUUAUGACAUCACAGCAGAAAGUGUGUCGGUGAUAUUAAAUUAUAUGUACCACGCGGCUUUGGAGAUCAGUAACGCCAAUGUACAGACUGUGGCUGUGGCCGCCUAUUUUAUGCAGAUGGAGGAAGUCUUCAGUGCGUGUCAGAAGUAUAUGAUGGACCAUAUGGAUGCCUCGAACUGUCUGGGCAUCUAUCAUUUUGCAAAGCAGAUUGGAGCUGAGGAUUUAGCUGAUCAGUCGAAGAAGUAUUUAUUUCAGCACUUUGCUGAGGUGAGCUUACACGAAGAGAUACUAGAAACUGAAGUGCACCAACUUCUGACGCUUAUUAAAUCGGAUGACCUGAACAUAUCCAGAGAGGAGAGCAUUCUGGACCUAGUUCUGAGAUGGGUAAAUCAUAACCGAGAACUGCGCACAGAGCAUCUUGUGGAACUUCUGAAGCAAGUUAGGCUGCAACUGGUAAACCCUUCUUUUUUAAGACAGGCCCUGAAAAGGAACACGAUGCUGCUGUGUGAUGCAAAUUGCAUUGACAUCAUUCAAAACGCGUUCAAAGCCAUCAAGACCCCUCAACAGCACUCUCUCAACCUUCGUUAUGGCAUGGAGACCACCAGUCUUUUGCUGUGCAUUGGCAACAAUUCCUCGGGAAUCAGGUCGAGACAUAGGAACUACGGAGAUGCCAGUUUCUGCUACGAUCCUGCAUCGCGCAAGACCUAUUUCAUCUCGUCUCCCAAGUAUGGGGAGGGUUUAGGCACUGUGUGUACUGGCGCUGUCAUGGAAAACAACGCUAUCAUUGUGGCCGGAGAAGCAAGUGUCUCUAAACUCUCCAGACAAAAGAGCAAGAAUGUUGAAAUCUACAGGUAUCAUGAUAGAGGAAACCAGUUUUGGGAAAAGUUAUGCACAACAGAAUUUCGAGAGCUCUACGCUCUGGGCACCGUCCAUAACGACCUCUAUGUUAUAGGAGGACAGAUGAAAAUUAAGAACCAGUAUCUUAUUACAAACUGUGUUGAGAAGUACUCUGUAGAACGGGACACUUGGAAAAGGGUGUCCCCCCUUCCACAACCGUUGGCGUGUCAUGCUGUAGUAACAGUGAAUAAUAAACUUUACGUGCUUGGAGGCUGGACCCCUCAGAUGGAUCUUCCUGACGAAGAACCUGAUCGAUUAAGCAACCAGCUGUUGAAGUAUGACCCCAGCCAAGAUCAAUGGACAGAGCAGGCACCCAUGAAGUACUCAAAGUACCGAUUCAGCACAGCUGUGGUCAACAGUGAGAUUUAUGUUCUGGGUAAGAAGAAGCUAAAAGAGUCCGCCGGGCCUGCUCCACGUGAUGGAUGUUUACAAAUGUCAGCUGACUGAACUGACCUUUCUAUCCUGCUCUUCCAUCAGGGCAAAAGCCUCAAAAAUCAUCAGAGCUACAGGCCUUGUGAAGAAUUUUUUUUUUUUUUGCGGUACGCGGGCCUCUCACUGUUGUGGCCUCUCCCGUUGCGGAGCACAGGCUCCGGACGCGCAGGCUCAGCGGCCAUGGCUCACGGGCCUGCGGCAUGUGGGAUCUUCCCGGACCGGGGCACGAACCCAUGUCCCCUGCAUCGGCAGGCGGACUCUCAACCACUGCGCCACCAGGGAAGCCCAAGAAUUUUUUAAAGCAGGGACUUUUCACUUCCCUGUCCGAGGAGCCAGGUAAUAGCAAGUCUCCCCAUGCGGCUACAGGUGUUGUUUUCUCCAGCGGACAGCGCUCUGCCCCCGCGCACCACGAGGGGGGGGUUACACAGAGGGUUCCAGUUACUGCAGUAAAUACGUGUCAGAGAUCAGUCUAGAGGUGAAUUACGUUGUGAGAUACAAGGACCGUGGUCCUUCAUCACGGUUAAGGUUUUGCCUUUUUCUUUCUUUUGAUAAAAUUCUGGAGACUUCCCUGGUGGCACAGUGGUGAAGAUUCCGUGCUCCCAAUGCAGGGGGCCCAGGCUGGAUCCCUGGUCAGGGAACUAGAUCCCACACGCUGCAACUAAGAGUUCGCAUGCCACAACUAAGGAGCCCUCCGGCCGCAACUAAGACCCUGUGCAACCAAAUAAAUAAAUAUUAAAAAAUAAAUACAUAAAAUUCCGAACAGUUUUUUAAUAAAUAUAAGUUUGCCUCAGAUUACCCAGGCUGUUCAUUAAAAUGGCAGAUUCCUGGCCCUCACCCUUGGCCAAUUCUGGGCUAGUGGAUCUGAAGUGGGACCUGGAGAUCUGAGCUGUGGGAAGUGUCAGGCGAUUCUGGUGGGAAUGCCCACAGGACCGCACGUUGAGAAACACCGAUACUGUGAGGAAAGGAAGAGGUGACAUCAUGUUAAUGGAGGUUUUAUAUGCUCAAAAUAUUGACUAAGCCUAUGGUACAUAAUCGGGCCCUGAGCUGGCUUUUAGGAGAGACCCAGAGAUGAAUGAGGCAAGGUGUCUUCCCUUGGACAGCUCGUGUGUUCCAGGAAGCUAGGUCAGGCCAUUGGUCAGAGCAUCCUGUACUCACAGGUCAUCAGAGCAGGCUGUUGGGUGCGUCCUGAAGCCAUUCCAAGGGCGUUCUGGGCUUAGAGACACACUUCUUAAGCUCAGAUUGAACAAGGAAAGAAAUGUACUUUUUCAACGGCCCAAGAAGUUCUCCAGGGAAUGCCAGCGUCUGCUUUAUUCUGAGAAAAGACUUGGAUUUGAACUACACUGAAUGACUCACCAUGUUUUUGCUGUCAGUGUCCAUGAAAUGUAUUUGCAGUUAAUCCUAUGAAGGAUUUUCACCUUGAUUAUCUGGCACCCUCAGUGGGGAACCCAGAAACAAGUACUCUCAGAGGCCAAAGUUUGCCUGUGGCUCUCAAAUCGCAACUUAGCUUUAGUCAUUUUCAUCACUGACAUCCUACAAAUUCACAGAGAGUAGACAGUUCCACAUUUCAUUGUGACAGUUAGUGAGAAAUUGCACUCUAUUCGAUCAAGGUAUAUAAUUACAAUGCUGUAUUAUAAUGGUUUCAUAUUUGUCUUUGAUUUCUCAGUAGACUGUGUCUUAUGGAAAAAAAAAAACAACACCUUAAACUUGUUAUUCUCUAACACGUAGUACGGAUAUGAAGCGGAUAGCCAAAGUAUGUUUACAGAUUGCUUAAAACUAACUAAAGGGCUUCCCUGGUGGCGCAGUGGUUGAGAGUCCGCCUGCCGACGCAGGGGACACGGGUUCGUGCCCCGGUCCGGGAGGAUCCCACAUGCCGCGGAGCGGCUGGGCCCGUGAGCCGUGGCCGCUGAGCCUGCGCGUCCGGAGCCUGUGCUCCGCAACGGGAGAGGCCACGACAGUGAGAGGCCCGCGUACCACAAAAAAAAAAAAAAACAAAAACAAAAAAAAAACUAGAAGUUUAAAGCGUUUUUGAUGCUGAAAUGAGAGAAUGUUUGGAAGCUUCUACGGUGUGAAAACCCGAUGGACAGAGAUGAUAAUGUUACUGAGAACAGGUGAGAAAAUGUCUUAGGAGGAUGUUGUCCGGGCCUCUGACUUGUUUAUGUUUGCAGAAAAGCUUAAGGGAACACAGCCAAAGCCUUGUGCUACUACACGUUUUAUGCUUUGCUUUUAUGAAAAGAGGUAAAUUGCUAAAAGCCACACCGAUAGCAAGAAUUUUGUUCAACAAAGCAAAUUUUAGGUAUGUCUUCAUGUAGCCUAGUGUAUAGAACCAUCUAUGUCCAUAGCAUAUUGUGAAAACAGAUCAUUUUGUUACUUCUGAAUCCUUAAGAAAAUGUUAAAUCUGGAAUCGUCAAUUCACUACGGCGGGGAAUAACGUAAUAUAUGUUUUAAAACGGCGUGAAGACUUGAAAUGGAAAAACUUUGAUGCUUUUAAGAAGAAGAUAUCAAUUAUUUUAAAAUCCUGUCAUUUUGAGUAAAAUGUAUUAUCUUCAACUACUUUAUCCUAAUUUAUACUUGUGAUCAUUUUUUUUAAUCACUCCCUUACUUUACCUGUUCUUGGGUAAAUGUAGAAACGAGCACAAAUUAUCACUUUCUGUAAAUCAUUUCAUUUACACAAAAGACGAAUAUACCAAAGACUUAUUAAGAUCUUUUUUUCUUGGCCGCGCCAUGCAGCUUGCGGGAUCUUAGUUCCCCGACCAGGGAUCAAACCUGGGCCCCGGUAGUGAAAGCACCAGAGUCCUAACCACUGGACCUCCAGGGAAGUCCCAAGACCUUUUUUCUGUAGUAGUUAUUCAGCACAUACUGUCAAGCCUCCUUUAGAAGAAACUCAGGGAAAAGAAGGAUGCAUACUUUGCCUUCAUACUUUACAUCUUGUGUGUCUACACUUGCAAGGUGCGGAAUAUAUUUGAUUAAUGGUUCUUUGCAGGGUCACUUGAGAGAAGUAUUAGUAUAAACUUGGCCUGCGUCCUGCUAGGUUAUGACCAGCCCAAGUUAAGGGAGGUCAAUGAUGGUUCAGGCAGGCAGACCUGGGGGAAAAAUGAGCCCAACAACAGACACCAGCAAUUUCUCUCCAUGUCUGGGCUGAGAGUCCUAUAUCCUUGAGAAGAUAAUAUUUAUUAUCUGACAGGAAGUGAGUUUUCAGCUGUUUGGACUCAGCGCUUGACACAUUCUGGAAAGCUAGUCAUCACUUUUUGUUCUGACAAAAGAGUGUAAGAAGAAAAAUAAAGUACCCGGGGCGCAGGUGAGGAGCUGGUCCAUUCAUGCGCUCAUUUAUUUUUUCUUGACUCUCUGCCCUGGGUGAAAAGCGUGGGGCGUACAGAUGUGAAUCAGACAUUCUUCUGCCCUCCAGUGACUUACAGCCUAAUCAAACAGGGAAACGCACAUAGAGAUAAGUAAGAGCAGCACUAUUUAUGGGACUCUUAAUCUCUGUUCAGAGGGCAGCAGAGGCUCAAGGAGGGAAUGGCCGCUUGCAGAGAUACGAAGGCUUUCCUAGGCGUGGCUACUGAGCUGAGCCUUGAAAGAGGAGUUUGUCACGCUGGGGAGGAGAGGCCAGUCCAGGCGGAGAGCAGCCUAAGCGAAGGCCUGGAGAUGAAUAACCUCACUGCUUGCGGAACUGCAGGCAGCUGGGAGAGCCUGGAGCACAGGGUGCUGG